AUGGCGCAAAGCAAACACUUGUCUCUCUUCCUCUUCUUUGUUCUUUUCCUCUUCCUCUGCUGCUGUACCUCAUCUACUAAAUCUUUCGAAUACGUUGAGGAUGAGCUCGGGUGGCUAGACGAUGAUGAAAUUAGCAUGGCCAAAAGGACACGGUCUUCUCGUGAGACUUGCGAUUACACUAAAGGAAAAUGGGUUUAUGAUCAAAGUUACCCCCUCUAUGAUGCCGCCACUUGUCCGUACCUCAGUUCGGCCGUUACUUGUCGGGAAAACGGGAGGCCAGAUUCCGAUUACGAAAAGUGGAGAUGGAAGCCUAAUGGUUGCUCAAUCCCAAGGUUUAGCGCACUGGAUUUUCUUGAAAAGAUGAGAAGAAAAAGGAUAAUGCUUGUUGGUGAUUCUAUAAUUAGGAACCAAUGGGAGUCCCUCGUUUGCUUAGUUCAAUCCGUAGUGCCAACGGCAAGGAAGAUGGUUAUUUACAAUGGUCCAACAAUGGCCUUUCUUGCUUUAGACUAUGAGAUGUCAAUUGAGUUCUGUUGGGCUCCUUUGCUAGUGGAGUUGAGGAAAGGGCAAGAUGGGAAGAGAAUUUUGCACUUGGAUUCGAUCGAGGAUAACGCCAAACACUGGAGAGGGGUGGACGUGCUCGUUUUCGAUUCAGCUCAUUGGUGGACUCAUUCCCAAAAAUGGCGCUCAUGGGAUUUAGUGAUGGAGGGCAAUAAUGUGUACAAACACAUAAACCCAAUAAUUGCUUACUGGACAGGACUCACAACAUGGGCUCAUUGGAUAGAUUUGAAUCUUGAUCCAAGUAGAACCAAAGUCUUUUUCAGAAGCAUGUCACCUAGACAUAACAGGGAAAAUGGGUGGAGUUGUCAUAAUCAGAAAGAACCUCUGGAAUAUUUGAGCCGACCACACGUGCCCGAGCAGUUGGUGGUGUUGCAGAAAGUUGUGAGGAGAAUGAAAUUUCCGGUCGAAAUUCAGAACAUAACUUCAUUGACGGCUCUUAGAAGGGACGGCCAUCCUUCGGUUUAUCACGAAAAGGAAAAGCAGCAGCAAUCGAAAGAUAAUAAAUGUGACUGUAGUCAUUGGUGUUUGCCCGGUGUGCCCGACACAUGGAAUGAGCUAUUGAAUGCAAUGCUAAUCUAA